GACUGUGCUCCUGCUUCUUCUUCUUCUUCCGCACAUUUCCUCUCGCAAAGCCACGCAGUUUCUGCGUCUGCUUCGUCCUCGUUGGGUAAAGUGUAGUCGUGAUUGGCGACUUGUCAUGUGUUGGCAGAAUUUGGAAUUUCGAGGCCGAGGGCCGCGCUUGGGAAGCGGUCGUGAGAGUGAGCGUGUGAAGGUUUGUGCACAAGAGCUUGGAUGGGAUUUCGGUUCCUGGGUUUGGAUGAAUCGGGCGCUGGUGAUUCGGUUGGGCGUCCAGGGAUUGGUGAGCGGCACAGCGGGAGCUGGAGCUGGGGAUUGUUUGGGGGAUCGGUGAUUGAGAUUCGAGUUGGGAUUGAGAGAAUUGAGCGAGUGGAGGGAAUCGGCGACGAGAGCGAUGUGGGGGUUUUCGUGGAGAGAUAAAGUUGUGGAGAUUUACAUGGCUCUGGUGCCUAUCCUCAAUUGGUCUUUUACGCUGAGCUUCUUUCACGCUUCGCCAGUUUGGAAGCGACUGGGGUCGCAUGCGGUGGCGAGUGAGAGUGAGAGCGAGGCGAGACGAGGUGAGGCGGUGGAGCAAGCGAGUGGCGUGAGCGAUGAGAAGCGUGUGUUUCUGGAAAUUUUUGGAGAGGUCUAUGGGUACCCCGAGAGCUCCUGUCCUAUCGACAAACUGCGGGCUACUGAAUUCGCUAGAUUGAAUGGUGUUGUGUACGUCGAUCACGCAGGAGCUACAUUGCACGCUAAUUCCCAAUUGAAGGCAGCACUAGACGACUUUUCGUCUAAUCUCUAUGGCAAUCCUCAUAGUCAAAGUGAUAGCAGCAUGCGAUCGUCGGAUGCUGUGGAGACCGUGCGCCAGCAGGUUUUAGAAUUCUGCAAUGCUCCUUCUGGAGAGUAUGUAUGUGUUUUCACGUCAGGUGCGACAUCAGCGCUGAAGCUUGUUGGAGAGACUUUCCCUUGGAGCCCAGAAAGCGAAUAUUGGUAUACUUUGGAGAAUCACAACAGUGUCCUUGGAAUCCGAGAAUAUGCUCUCGAGAAAGAUGUGGCCGUAACUGCGGUGGAAAUCGAAGCAGCACAAACAAAUUCGUCGGACUCAGAGGUGGAUUUUAGUUUUACACCUAGAACCUUGGAGCAACGAGCACGUGCUUCUAGUCAUCAAAGAAAUAAUCCUGCAGAAGAAUCAAUAAAUCUGUUCGCUUUUCCUCUGGAGUGUAACUUCUCUGGAGCGAAGUUCGAUUUGAAUCUUGUCAAGUAUGUCCAAGAUGCUAGACAUGUGAGCAGCUCUUCCAGAGGGAGAUGGAUGGUCCUUUUGGAUGCCGCCAAGGGUUGUGGAACCGCACCUCCAGAUUUGUCACGAUUUCCAGCAGACUUUGUGGCCAUUUCUUUCUACAAGAUUUUUGGAUAUCCAACAGGCCUUGGUGCUUUGCUUAUUCGAAGAGAUGCAGCUUCCUUGUUGAAGAAGAAAUACUUUGGAGGAGGCACAGUGGCCAUGUCUAUAGCUGAUGCAGAUGUGAUGCGUAAACGAGAUCGCGUGGAACAGUGGCUUGAGGAUGGAACUACCUCAUUCCUUGGAAUUUCUGCACUUCGCCAUGGUUUUGCAUUAAUCAACCGGAUCCAUUUGCCAAACCUGAACAUGCAUACAGGGGCAUUAACCAAGUAUUUUGCAAAUACAUUAGCCGGCUUAAAGCAUGAGAAUGAAGUUACUGUUUGCGUUCUUCAUGGAAAUCAUGACCUUGACCGUGUGAAAUAUUGGGGUCAAGAUUGCAAUCAAGGACCUAUUGUGACUUUUAAUCUCAAGCGAGCAGAUGGAUCAUGGGUAGGCCAUCGUGAAGUGGAGAAACUUGCUGCACUUGAAAAUAUUCAGCUACGGACUGGCUGUUUCUGCAAUCCAGGUGCUUGUGCAAAAUACUUGGGGCUCUCACAAGAGGACCUUGUGGCUAAUUUUGAGUCUGGACACGUAUGCUGGGAUGAUCAAGAUGUAAUUCACGGUCGACCUACUGGAGCUGUACGGGUUUCCUUUGGAUACAUGUCUACGUUUGAGGAUUGCUGGGUGGUAAUCAAGUUCAUCGUGAAGUAUUUUGUGGAAAUUAAUAAUGAAUAUAGAACAAUUGGAGUGAAGACAUCAAACUGUAUCUCCCCUUCUUUGGCUAUUGGUAGUUCUGCUGAUUCAGGUGUAAGGGUGAAAGAUCACAAUCUGAAGUGUAUCCCUACCAAUGGUGAUAAGAAUGAUAGUCUGGGGCUGGACACAAAAAUUAAAGUGGAAAAUCUGGUGAUAUAUCCAAUUAAGUCUUGCGGCGGAUUCAGCGCAAAUGUUUGGCCACUCAGUGACUGCGGACUAUUAUAUGAUCGUGAGUGGAUGAUUCAGAGUUCCACAGGAGAUGUUCUCACGCAGAAGAAGCUGAAUUCAUUGUGUUCAAUUCAGACAUUCAUCGACCUUACUACAGGUAUUAUGCAUGUGAGGGCUCCAAGCAUGCAACGUGAGUUGGCAAUAUCACUGCAAUCAAAGCCCAAAUGCACCACCUCCAAUGGAGUAAUGUUCUGUGGAAAUAGUGUGGAAGGCAACAGAUAUGGAGAUGAGGUGGCGGCAUGGUUUACGGAAGCUCUUGGAGUUAGUUGCACUCUAGUGAGGAAAGAGCCAAAAAUACUUUCACUGAAAUCUCGAAGGGGCCGAUCAGUUUCUCGACAAGGUGACAGUAGUACACGUGAGUUGAGCUUUGCCAACGAAGGUCAGUUUUUGCUCGUGUCGAAGGCUAGCGUUGAUGAGCUUAAUCGCCGAGUUGCUGCAUCACUACAUGCGGAUGCUCAUAGUCAGGAUAAUGUAUCUCUCCAGCAGCCAUCGCUUAUUGAAGUUGAUGCAUUGCGCUUUAGGCCAAACAUCGUGGUUUCAGGAUCUGCUGCUCACGACGAAGACCAUUGGCAAAGUAUAAGCAUAUGCAGCCAGAACUUUAGAGUUGUGGGAGGCUGCAAUCGGUGCCAAAUGGUGAACAUUGAUCAAUCUUCAGGGCUUCGUGAAUCUAACCAGCCUUUGGCUACUUUGGCAUCAUACCGUCGUCACAAAGGACAGAUAACUUUUGGCAUCCUUCUUCAGCAAUAUAAAUUUGACGUGGAGGAUUCGAACUCAAAGUUAUGUGACAAUCCAGAAAUAGAGUAUACGAAGUGGCUCAGAACAAGAUACACAAGACUGAUAUCCGUAGGGUCUAGUGUCAAUGUUAAUAAGCUUAUUUAAAUGUUCAAAUUGCCAUCAUCCUGAAGAGGAGUUUUUUCUGCAAGUUAACUUAUGUGAAUCCUUUUACACAUAAUUACGGGGGAUUUUUCUGCCUCCUCUCAAACAAAGCUCUCA